CAGGCGUUCAGGCGUGAGGUGUGACUGAAAAACAACGGAAUAAAGAUGUACAGAUUCAGCCGAUCCACCAUGAUGCAUCCCAUGAUGCACUCUGGCAUGGGCAUGGCUCCAUUUUUUAAGGUGACCGUGUUUGAGCAGGAGCACUUCCAGGGCAAGUGUCAGGAGUUCACUUCAGAAUGCUGCAACAUCCAGCAGUGUGGUUUCGACAACAUCCGCUCCAUCCGCGUGGAGAUUGGCGCCUGGGUUGGUUAUGAACAUCAUGAUUUCCAGGGACAGCAGUUUGUCCUAGAAAGAGGCGAGUACCCUCACUGGGAUUCCUACUGUGGAAACCUGGGAUACCAUGUUGAGAGAUUUAUGUCUUUCAGGCCCAUCUACUGUGCUGCUCACCAGAGCAGCCGCAUGAUGAUCUAUGAGAGAGAAAAUUUCCUGGGUCGUUGUACGGAGCUGUGUGAUGACUACCCCUCUCUGCAGGCUAUGGGGUGGUGCGGCAUGGAAGUGGGCUCCAUGCACGUGCAGUGUGGCGCUUUUGUAUGUUAUGAGUUCCCAGGCUACAGGGGCAGGCAGUACAUCAUGGAGUGUGAGAGGCACAGCGGAGAAUACCAGCACUGGAAGAAUUGGGGCUCCCACAGUCAGACUCCUCAGAUCCAGUCCAUCCGUAGGAUCCAGCAUUAA